AUGGAGAGCGAAGACGAGCGUGACUGGCUGGAACUGAAGCGUCUGGGUGGCGUUGCGCAUGGAUCACGUUGCUUCAAAGAUGCAGCAGAGUACUACCGCCAGAGUAUCGAGGCUCUCGAGUCUAACGUGCAUCACUACCCGCUGCUGGACACGCCUGAGCUCAGGACUGAUAAGGCCAAGCUCCAUGCGAACCGAGCAGCGUCUCUGAUGAUGCUGAUGCAGAUCUCAGAAGCGCAGCGUGAGUGUCAGUGCUCGAUCGAGUUGGACGCGACGUAUGCUCGCGCGUACCUUCGACUGGGCCGUAUCCAAGUUCUGCUGGGAGACACUGCUCACGCUCAAGCUAAUCUCGACACUGCGAAGCAGUUGAUGCAAGGCAACAAUGGUGAAUUCAGCAGCAGUGAUCAUGCAGACCUCGCUUCGCUCGCCAAGAUGGAAGCGACCAUCAAGAAAUUGACGAAUCUGCAAGGAGAAAUCAAGUGGUACGUUGACUGCGGCGACUUUAAGCAGGCACUAGUGCAUACCGAGAGCGCGCUGGGGCUUGCUCCAAGCUGCAGGAAGCUGCAGGUCCAGAAGGUUCGCAUCCUGCUACAUCAGAAGGAGUUCGAUCAGAUCAUCCAGUUUUGCAACGCGAUCGUUGAGAAGCAGCAAGCAAGUCAUGGGAAGUUGUCCACUCCGGAAGGCAGAGGUGGGAAUAACUCCAGGUCGCUCAAAGAGAAGACCGUGGCGAAGAUCACGAUCGUCGGCAUCGAUCUGGGACUGCUGUGGGCAACCACGCUGCACUACCAGAACAACGUUGAGGAAGCCGUAGGGUUGCUUAACGCCCUGGAGACUGUCGCCCCCUGCAGCUCCAACGUGAUUCAACUGAAGCGGCAGUGGCAAGAGAUGAAGCAGCUCAAGCACAACGGAAACGAGCGGUUCAAGCGAGGCGAGUAUCAAGAAGCAGUGCGGUUCUACUCGGAGGCGGGGCAGAUCGACCCGCAGCACCAGGAGUUCUGCGCUGUUAUUUAUUGCAAUCGCGCGGCAGCUCAAAUGGGGCUGGAGCGAUAUCAUACGGCGAUCCUGGACUGCAACGAAGCGCUGCAGCGCAAGCCGCAGUACCCGCGUGCGUUGCUGCGGCGAGCGCGUUGCCAUGUCGCGUUGAAGAUGUUUCACGAAGCAGUCAAGGACUUCGACCGGUAUCUGCGUGAACAGCCCAAUGACUUGCCUACCGAGGCGACUGCUGAAGUUCGUCGUGAGCGCAACGAGGCGAAGGCAGCGAUCGCCAAAGCUCGGGAAGAAGCGAGGCAACGAGAGGCGGCCAAGAAGCGAGCCGAACGCGAGCAGCGCCAGAGGCGGUCGAAUCGCUGGGAGGAGUCGUCCUGGAGCGAUAGCAGGUACUACGACAAUUUCCGGCGAGGAGGUAGCAGCAGCAGUAGCAGCAACAACAACGGGAGCAGUUACGGCAGCAGGUACCAGUCGUCCGGUGCUGGCGCUAGUAGCAGGGCCUCGUUCAUGGCGCCCAAGACCCAGCGCCGCACGCAUUACGACGUACUGGGGAUCGAGAAGGCAGCGACGAGCGACCAAAUCAAGAAGGCGUACCGGAAGCUGGCGCUCGUGUAUCACCCAGACAAAGCGAAGACGUCGACUCACGCGGACUUGUUCAAGGAAAUGACAGCCGCGUACACUGUGCUCUCCGACGAAAGCGCUCGUGCCAAGUACGACCGAGAGCUGAUGUACAACAGGUUUGGCAACUUUUACGAGAACUGA